CCACUGCGCCAGCCGGGCUGCAGAUGCCGCCCCCGACACACGGUGUCCCGCCCAAACUGAUUCGUGUCUGCCGUCGGCCGGUGCGUGCGUGCACCUCGUCGGUCCGCGUGUGUCUGGCCGAGCUCCCCCUUCCUCUGCGGCCAUGACUCCGCCGCCUCCCCAGCCACCGCCCCCGGGCUCGAACCCCGCCUCAGACUCCGCCACCGACCCCCGCCCAGGACCUGGACCCCUAGUCGUACUGUUCGGAGCCACGGCCGGUGCGAUGGGGCCGGACCUGGGCUCCGACGAGACCGACUUAAUCCUCCUAGUCUGGCAAGUGGUGGAGCCGAGGAGCCGUCAGGUGGGGACGUUGCACAAGUCAUUGGUUCGCGCUGAGGCGGCUGCACUGAGUCCGCAGUGCCGCGAGGCGAGCGGCCUGAGCGCCGACAGCUUGGCGCGGGCCGAACCGCUGGACAAGGUGCUGCAGCAGUUCUCACAGCUGGUGAGCGGGGAUGUGGCUCUGCUGGGCGGGGGCCCCUACAUGCUAUGCACUGAUGGGCAGCAGCUGCUGCGACAGGUCCUGCACCCUGAGGCCUCCAGGAAGAACCUGGUGCUCCCCGACACCUUCUUCUCCUUCUACGACCUCCGCAGAGAAUUCCAUGUGCAGCACCCAAGUGCCUGCCCUGCCAGGGAGCUCACCGUGGCCACCAUGGCACAGGACCUGGGGCUGGAGACAGAUGCCACAGAGGAUGACUUUGGGGUCUGGGAAGUGAAGACAAUGGUAGCUGUCAUCCUCCACCUGCUCGAAGGGCCCAGUGGUCAAUUGUUUUCGAAGGCAGAGGUGGUAAAGCAGAAAUAUGAGACAGGUCCUUGCAGCAAGGCCGAUGUGGUGGACAGUGAGACUGUAGUUCGGGCCCGUGGGCUGCCCUGGCAGUCAUCAGACCAGGACGUGGCUCGAUUCUUCAAAGGACUCAACAUUGCCAGGGGUGGUGUAGCACUCUGCCUCAACGCCCAGGGCCGCAGAAAUGGCGAGGCUCUCAUCCGGUUUGUGGACAGCGAGCAGCGGGACCUAGCGCUGCAGAGACACAAGCACCACAUGGGUGUCCGCUAUAUUGAGGUAUAUAAAGCAACAGGAGAAGAGUUUGUCAAGAUUGCAGGGGGCACAUCACUAGAGGUGGCUCGUUUCCUGUCACGGGAAGACCAAGUGAUUCUGCGGCUACGGGGACUGCCCUUCUCAGCUGGGCCGGCAGAUGUGCUAGGCUUUCUGGGGCCAGAGUGCCCGGUGACUGGGGGUGCUGAUGGGCUGCUCUUUGUGCGCCACCCUGACGGCCGGCCCACUGGUGAUGCCUUUGCCCUCUUUGCCUGUGAGGAGCUGGCACAGGCUGCGCUGCGCAGGCACAAGGGCAUACUGGGUAAGCGAUACAUUGAACUCUUCCGGAGCACUGCGGCCGAGGUGCAGCAGGUCCUCAACCGCUAUGCAUCCAGCCCACUCCUUCCUACACUCACUGCUCCACUGCUGCCCAUCCCCUUUCCACUGGCAGCUGGGACUGGGAGAGAUUGUGUACGCCUUCGAGGCCUGCCCUACACAGCCACCAUUGAAGACAUCCUUAGCUUUCUGGGGGACGCAGCUGCUGACAUCCGGCCCCACGGUGUCCACAUGGUGCUCAAUCAGCAGGGCCGGCCGUCAGGUGAUGCUUUCAUCCAGAUGACAUCAGCAGAGCGGGCUUUAGCUGCUGCUCAGCGUUGCCAUAAGAAAGUGAUGAAGGAACGCUACGUGGAAGUGGUCCCCUGCUCCACAGAGGAGAUGAGCCGUGUGCUGAUGGGAGGCACCUUGGGCCGUAGUGGCUUGUCCCCUCCACCCUGCAAGCUGCCCUGCCUCUCACCACCCACCUACGCCACCUUCCAGGCCACCCCAACACUCAUUCCCACUGAGACGGCAGCUCUAUAUCCCUCUUCAGCACUGCUCCCGGCUGCUAGGGUGCCUGCUGCCCCCACCCCUGUUGCCUACUACCCAGGGCCAGCCACUCAACUCUACAUGAACUACACAGCUUACUACCCCAGCCCCCCAGUUUCCCCCACCACUGUGGGCUACCUCACCACACCCCCUGCGGCCCUGGCCUCUGCUUCCACCUCAGUGUUGUCCCAGCCAGGAGCCCUGGUCCGUAUGCAGGGUGUCCCAUAUACCACUGGUAUGAAGGAUCUGCUCAGCAUCUUCCAGGCCUAUCAGUUAGCCCCUGAUGACUACACCAGUUUGAUGCCUGUUGGUGACCCGCCUCGCACUGUGCUACAGGCCCCCAAAGAGUGGGUGUGUUUGUAGGUGAGGGAGCCAGGAGGUAAGAGCUGGCUGAUGUCUAACAUGACUCUCUUGCAUCCAGAAAACCAGCACCCUCAACCAGGUGGCUUCUUUCUGGCUUGUCCAAGCUCUCAGAAAGCACCUAGAGGAGCUCAAGCCCUAGCUCCACCUCCCACUUAUUGCCCUGCCUGUUCACCCCAAAGAUGAUGGCUGGACCCUGCAUGCAGGACUGGGGGUGGAAUUGUGUUACCCUGCUCCCAACGGCCUGAUCUGGGCCUCCUGAGUAGCACCGAGAGCCUUUGGUCAGCUUUGGCCAUGGCCCAUACCCUCAGAUACUGUGGGGCUGGUGUCCACAGCAGGCUCGUUUCCUUUUUAAAAAUGUAAGUCCGGGUGCCUUCAACGUAUGACUCCUGGGAACUUCUGAGUAAAGAUCCCAAUGUUCUACCUUCCCCUAUCCCUCCUAGUAGGGGGCAGGGAGGCAGAGAGUGCUGGCCCCAGCUCCCACGAUACUUGGACCUCAAUGGCCACGUUGUGCCAGGUGGUCCCAUCUAAGGGACCUCCAGCUUGGCACAAGCUUUGUGGCAAAAUCACAAGCUGUUUUGAUGGACUAUACUGCAAUAUCCCCAGAGGACACUAGGGGGCAGGAGGCCCUCACAAAAACUCAGGCUCAAAUUUUAAAGGGGACUUUCUGCCUACUUUUCAUGCACACCUUGGGCAGGCCAGUUGUCCUGAACUCAGCAGACACCGUGGAAUGUCCUUUGCACCCAUUAGAGGGUACAGAACUGAAGCUUCGGAAGGAAUUUGGAACUCUACUCACUCCUCCGUAAAAUAAACAAAGGUUCUAACCAAGUGGACUUUUUAAAAGCCAAAGUCUCCUGAGCUUUGGACCCCAGAGUGAGGGGCUCCACACCUGCCCCAGGCAGAGGAAAACUCAGGCAGAUUUCAAGGACACCGUUGACCGAUCACCAUUUAUUAUUUCAGCACUGUAACUGAGGAACCUGAAUUGCUGGCUCUUCUCUGUUAUUUGUGUAAGGAGCACUAUACUCCUACAAAAGGUUUUAAAAUACAAAAUAUGUAAGAAAACAA